UAGUAGUCGCGUUAAAAACUCGUCGAUAGUUGCAUAGAUAUACGAUUUUCGAACAAUAGUUCUUUUUUUUUUUGUGAUCUUUCGGUAACAAUUGUGGUCGUCGUCGUCAACGAUGUCGUUGAAAAGUUAUUAAGAAAAAAGAUAAUAUUGCGAUUAAUCGAAACAAUGUACAUACAUACAUGUGUAAUAACGUCGGGAGAAUACGUGCACGAUCAAAAGAGAAAAAAAAAUAUAUAUAUAUAUAUAUAUUUAUAUAUUUAUAUUUAAUACGUAACGUUAUUAAGAAUAAUAAUAAAUACAAUAGUAACGUAUGACGACGGAGUAUUUGAAAUUGUACGAGAGAUCCGAUUGGUUGAGAUUCUUUUUUUACUUCGAACGUUUGUAUAGGUGAAUGCAAAUGUGGGAAGACGAUUAUUUUUGAUAAAGAAAACAUUAAAUGUCAACUUUCUCGAAGUGUGCAACAACUGGUUUUUGAAAUGAUGCCGUCGAGGAUAAUAUUAUUCGACGUCGGUGUGAGAAAUAAUCUUCAUAAGAUGAACGUUAAAAUUUUAUACGGACCACGGUGGAGACCGCUUUAUAGGUUACAGGAGGAAAGAUCAAGGAGGAUUGAGGUGUAUCGAAUUUAGUUAGUUUUCGUUCGUUUCAUCGAAUCAUGGGCAAUGGAAUAUCUUGCUGUUUACAAAAAAAGAAGAUCGAGAUUAGCAACGACAAGGAUUGGCAGGAAUUAUUAGAACGUCCUGGUCUAACAUUAGUUGACGUUUAUUCCGAAUGGAGUGGUCCUUGCGUAGCUAUGGUUGGCAUCCUACGAAAAAUCAAAAUGGAGGUUGCGGGUGAAGCGAUAAAUUAUGCGAUAGCUAAGAACGACGAGAUCGAAGAUCUUCAAAGAUUUCGUGGCUUCAGUGAACCAGUAUGGAUGUUUAUUCAGAAUGGUAAAAUGGUUAACCUCAUAUUUGGUGCCGAUGCGCCGAUGUUGCAAAAAAUAUUGUUGGCAGAAUUUCGAAGGGUCCAAGAGGAUUUACCACCCGUUUGGGAAAUAUCACCCGAACAGCGUGGUCCCAAAGAGGAAAUUCGAUGGCAAAAGGAGGAAGCCAUAAGAAAAUUGAUCGAGGAUAAGGAGAAGGAAGAGAAGGAGACUAAGGAGAAGGAAGAAUACGAAACGUUUAUGGAACAAAUGAUGUUAGAACUUAGUGAAUUGUUUAUCAUUGUUAUGUAUCCGUGGGUAUUCAAGGACGAACAAGGUAAUCCAAAGAUCAAAAUGCAAUGUCCACCGUAUACAGAAUUGGUACGUGAUCUUUUACGGCAAAUAUUCGAUGUUCAAGAGGAAAUAAGGAUUGAGCUUGACGAGGAGAUUAUAAAGAAAAUGUUCGUUGAGAGUAACGUCGUAAUUACGAACGAAAUUGUCGCAGGCUUAACCAAUGGCAAAUGUAUGGCCAUUAGAAUGAAAAGUAGACCACCGCCGAUCGAUUGGCCUGUUCCUUAUCCUUUCACAUGCCCGGAAGAUGUUCCACCUGAAAAAUGUCCUGUAAGGGCCAUAAACGACAUUGAAAAUUAUUUUCACAGUUUAUUAGACAAUCAGUCACGUAGAACAACGAUAGUUGGUGAUCUAUUAAAAAUGCCAAAAGAAUCGAUAGUUGGUACAUAUAUGGAAAGAUAUACGUACGAGUACGAAGCUGAUCCUGAAGAUGAAGAUGAUAUAGAUAGAAUUGAUCCACCUAUUUGGGCACCUAAUAACGCCAGAAGUAAAGUACACGUAUUCCUGACACUAUUCCCAGAGUACAUGGCCGAAAAUCAUUAUUACGAAAUACCAAAACCACCACCGCCUUUAUGUGCCUUUAAAUAUUAUGCCAAGAAGACGGACGAUUUGAAGAUUAGCGUUGAAAGUUAUCCAGAAGCCAUUGAAUAUUUUGGUGCCUUUUUGUUGGACGAGCCUAUCCUAACACGAAAGAUAGCUGACAGUAUUGAUGAGUUUAAAAAAAAAGUGCCGAAACCAACGUUAGAGAUCUUCGUAGCUGUCAUUAAAAAGAUAAACGAAGAAAUUUUCUUAGGAUUUGCUGGAAUCAAUCCUUAUUUUGCCACUGAGGACGAAGAUGAGGUAAAAAAAGUGAUUGCCAAUUAUUUCUCAGAGACGACUACUGAGGAUUAUUAUUACGAGAUAGAAGAGGAUACGGAGGAACAAUAUUACGAAGGAAACAUUUAUUAUUAGCUCGGAACGAAGUAAAUGUAUGUAGAUAUGUGUGUGCGUGCGUGUGUAUAAAAGGAGCGUGUAAAAUAAAAAAGAGGAAAUAAUACAAGAAAAAAAAACGAAACGUGUAUGGAGGACAGAUGGAUGUAAAAAAAAAAUUUCUUUCCACGUGGCACUCCGUGCACAUUCGUCGAUUAGCUUCGAUAUUAUCAUCGAUAAGAUCGCAAAAAGAAUAAUAAUGUGGGAAUGAAAUUAAAGUCUUUUAGAAUCGUACGUGGGUGGUACGUUUUGAAACAUCAUCGAAAAUCAACGCUCGUGAUUAUUCCAAGGUUAAAGAUCUCUGGAAUCAUUUAUCGAAUUAAAUAAGUUAUCAUUGUUUGUCGAAUACAUACAUACAUACAUACAA